GUGUAACACAUUAACAAUAGUAGGGUGUUGGCAGGCUGCAACAGGAGCUUAAGAUGGAGCUUCAGGGCUAUUUUUUAAAUCUAACACAGUUAAACUUGGAAGGAUUUCGCUUCUUUUAUUUCUUUACAGUUGUGUGUGUAGUCUACAUUUCGGCGGUACUGAUUAAAUGGUCUGUAAAGAGAAAGCGGUGGAUGAAAGCUUUACAGCAGUUUCCUGGGCCUCCUGGUCACUGGCUUCUUGGACACGUUACACAGUUUAAGCAGGAUGGAACAGAUUUGCAGAAAAUACCCAAAUGGGGAGAGGAAUAUCCCUUUGCUUUUCCAAUGCAGUUUAGCCCAGACAAUAUAUUUCUGUUUGUUCAUCACCCGUCUUAUGUAAAGCCCAUUCUGGCAACAACAGGACCAAAGGAUGAGUUUGGAUAUAGAUUUCUUAUCCCUUGGAUAGGAGAAGGUUUACUUGUUACUGCUGGAGACAAAUGGUUUCGCCACAGACGACUCCUCACACCAGGCUUCCAUUAUGAUAUCCUAAAGCCUUAUGUGAACCUAAUGUCAGAUUCAGCCAAAGUAAUGCUGGACAAGUGGGAAGUGUAUGCAAGAACAGGACAGAACUUUGAACUUUUUGAACAUGUUAGUCUGAUGACACUGGACAGCAUAAUGAAAUGUGCGUUUAGUUGCCAGAGCAACUGUCAGACAGUGAGGUUGAACCCAUACAUAAAAGCAGUGUAUGAACUGUGCAAUCUGGUGAAUCUACGGUUUCGUGUCUUUCCAUAUCACAAUGACAUCAUCUUUCACAUGAGUCCACAUGGCUACAGAUACAGAAAAGCAUGCAAAAUUGCACAUGACCAUACAGAUGAAGUCAUAAGACAGAGAAGAGAAAUUUUAAAUAUUAAGAAGAAACAGGGUGAAGCUCUUGAAAAGAGAUAUUUCGAUUUUCUGGAUAUUCUUCUAUGUGCUAAUGAUAAGCAGCAUCAGGGUUUGUCAGAUGAAGGCAUUCGUGCAGAGGUGGACACUUUUAUGUUUGAGGGACAUGACACUACUGCCAGUGGUAUCUCCUGGAUCUUCUACAGCAUGGCCUGCAAUCCUGAACAUCAGCAGAAGUGCAGAGAGGAGAUUCAGCAAGUGCUAAUGGGCAAGGAUACUAUUGAGUGGGAGGACCUCAGUGAAAUACCUUACACCACAAUGUGCAUAAAGGAAUCCCUGCGUAUGUACCCUCCUGUUCCAGAAAUUGGACGAAUGUUGGACAAGCCCAUUACUUUUUUUGAUGGAAGAACAGCUCCUGCUGGUCUGACUUGUGGUAUCAGUAUUUAUGGAAUUCAUCACAAUCCUACAGUUUGGGAGAAUCCAAAAGUGUUUGAUCCACUAAGAUUUCUACCAGAGAACACUGCUAAGAGAUCACCACAUGCUUUUGUGCCUUUCUCAGCUGGACCAAGGAACUGCAUUGGUCAGAACUUUGCUUUGAAUGAGAUGAAAGUGGUCGUGGCUCUGACACUGAGGAAGUAUGUUCUCAUCAAAGAUCCAGAUCAUACUCCAAAGAUGAUCCCUCGACUAGUGCUCAGAUCUCUCAAUGGCAUUCACCUCAAGAUCAAAUUAGUGGAAAAUUAACUUUGAGAAGAUAUAAAUAGUACUGAAAAAACUUUCUAUUAUAUUGAUAUGUUGUAUUUAAAAACUCAUUAUACAAAUAGUGAUAUUAUUUAGCGUUCAAUUUAAUUUCAAUUACUAAAAUACUUACUUACUUUUACCUACUUACUAAAGUAUCAUAUUUAAUUAUAAAAUAAGAUGUAUAAAUAUUAUUGUAUAACAUUUUCUAAUACUUUAUUUUGUCUGAAAUAGCAAUGAGUAUUUUAUUGCUAUGUUUAAUACAUGGAUGUAAAAAUGAAAUGUGUUUCAUGCUGCACAUAAGGCACACAGUCAGGAACACAAGAUAAAAUGUGCUGCGUUAUUGUAAUAAAAAAGCAACAUGUGUAAAACAGA